GAGGACGCAGAUCCGGCUAAAGUGGUUUUAUUGAUGUUUGCGUCUUCUCUCAUUAAUCGAAGGUUCAUCUGAGAGAAAAACUGAUGUUUAGCUCUGUGACAUAAAAGUAGACCAGAAGCUUAGGGACCAUUUAAAGCCAAACAUCCACAAACGGCUCUGAAACAAGUCCUAAGCCGACAUACAUAAGACUGCGUCUGGGCUGAGUUUUACUUUGAAAGGCUCAGGCCGGAAGCAUCGUUCUUGUAGCUUGAUGCUAACAGGUGGAAAAUGUCGGCGUGUGUCGGGGUGCUGAAGCGCCGUCUCGGGGCUCUCUGUCCGGCUGGUUUCGCGUCGCCGCUGCAGCCGCUGAGAUGCCCGGGGGGCGGGCGGUGGGAGUCCAGCACGCAGACAGGUGAAACCCUUCGGCCACUAGAGGGCGUCAGAGUCCUGGACCUGACCAGAGUUCUGGCCGGGCCCUUCGCCUCCAUGAUCCUGGGAGACCUCGGAGCCCAGGUGAUCAAAGUGGAGAGACCAGGUGCAGGUGACGACACCAGAGCCUGGGGUCCUCCAUUUGUGGCGUCAGAGAGCACCUACUUCCUCAGCGUCAACCGGAACAAGAAGAGCAUCGCCGUGGACCUGAAACAUCCCAGAGGAGCACAGAUCGUCCAGCAGCUCGCAGGAGUGUGUGACGUGCUGCUGGAAAACUACGUGCCGGGGAAACUCCGUCACAUGGGUUUGGGAUACGAGCAGCUGAGCGGACUCAACCCUCGGCUCAUCUACUGCUCCAUAACAGGAUAUGGACAGACCGGUCCUCACGCUCAGAGUCCGGGGUACGACUCCAUCGCCUCGGCAGUGUCAGGGAUGAUGCACAUCACCGGGCCCGAGGGCGGCGACCCGGUGCGUCCGGGAGUCGCCAUGACGGACUUGGCGACGGGGCUGUACGCGCACGGAGCUGUCAUGGCCGCCCUGCUGCAACGGCAGAAGACGGGCAGAGGAGUUCACAUCGACUGCAACCUGCUGUCAUCACAGGUUUCCUGUCUCAGCCAUAUUGCUGCUAACUACCUGAAUGCAGGGAAGGAGGCGAGGCGCUGGGGGACGGCCCACGAGAGCAUCGUACCUUACCAGGGCUUCAAAACCAAAGACGGGCACAUCGUUGUGGCUGCAGGCAAUGAAAAGCAGUUUGUCCGAGUCUGCCAGGUCAUGGAGCUGAUGGAGCUAACGGAGGACCCCAAAUACAAAACCAACAAGCUGAGAGUCGAGAACCGCAAACAGCUGCUGCACACACUGUCACAGAGGUUCCUGCAGGAGACCACGGCUGAUUGGCUGAAGAAGUUCAAGGGCUCAGGUGUUCCAAUUGGGCCAAUCAACAGCAUCCAGGAAGUGUUCUCCGAGCCGCAGGUGAAACACAAUCGCCUCGUACAGGAGAUGAACCAUCCAACAGCAGGACGCAUCGCUGUAAUCGGUCCAGCGGUUCGUUUCAGCAGCUUCUCUCCAAGCGGCCCAACACCCCCUCCUCUGAUUGGCCAGCACACCGUGGAGGUGCUGCGAGACGUCUUAUCGUACAGCGAUGACAUCAUAGAAACCCUGCUGGAGUCAAAAGCAGUGGUUCAGAAUAAAGUCUCCUGAUUGGCCGAAAGAAAAAUAUUUAAGGAGAGAAAGGAAAAGACAAAAACUGAUCAUUUUUAACUGAUCACUAGCUUUGAUUUUAAAGGACAGAUGACUGAUCAUUAAACAUUUAGACUUAAGCUGCUGCUCAAUAACUAAGACUGAAGAUAAGUUCAUAUUUCCAUUUUUAAAUGUUUUUUAAAAUUAUUUAUGAACUAUUUCUGCAUACGGAGUGUUUUUACACAAAUAUGAAGCUGACUUUUCUAACAUCUUUGUGUUUUAUGACACUAAAGUAACAGAAGGACAACAUUACCGUAACUCUACAGUAUCUCUACAGUAACACUACAGUAACUCUACAGUUACUCUACAGUAACUCUACAGUAUCUCUACAGUAACACUACAGUAACUCUACAGUAACACUACAUUAUCUCAACAGUAACACUACAGUAUCUCUACAGUAACACUACAGUAUCUCUACAGUAACUCUACAGUAACACUACAGUAUCUCUACAGUAACUCUACAGUAACUCUACAUUAUCUCUACAGUAACACUACAGUAUCUCUACAGUAUCUCUACAGUAACUCUACAGUAACACUACAGUAUCUCUACAGUAACUCUACAGUAACUCUACAGUAACACUACAGUAUCUCUACAGUAACACUACAGUAACUCUACAGUAACACUACAUUAUCUCUACAGUAACACUACAGUAUCUCUACAGUAACUCUACAGUAUCUCUACAGUUACUCUACAGUAACACUACAGUAACUCUACAGUAUCUCUACAGUAACUCUACAGUAACUCUACAAUAUCUCUAGAGUAACUCUACAGUAUCUCUACAGUUACUCUACAGUAACACUACAGUAACUCUACAGUAACUCUACAGUAUCUCUACAGUAACUCUACAGUAACACUACAGUAUCUCUACAGUAACUCUACAGUAACUUUACAGUAUCUCUACAGUAACACUACAGUAACUCUACAGUAACUCUACAGUAUCUCUACAGUAACUCUACAGUAACACUACAGUAUCUCUACAGUAUCUCUACAGUAACUCUACAGUAACACUACAGUAUCUCUACAGUAACUCUACAGUAACUUUACAGUAUCUCUACAGUAACACUACAGUAUCUCUACAGUAACUCUACAGUAACUUUACAGUAUCUCUACAGUAACUCUACAGUAACACUACAGUAUCUCUACAGUAACACUACAGUAUCUCUACAGUAACUCUACAGUAACACUACAGUAUCUCUACAGUAACACUACAGUAUCUCUACAGUAUCUCUACAGUAACACUACAGUAUCUCUACAGUAACUCUACAGUAACUUUACAGUAUCUCUACAGUAACACUACAGUAUCUCUACAGUAACACUACAGUAUCUCUACAGUAACUCUACAGUAACACUACAGUAUCUCUACAGUAACUCUACAGUAUCUCUACAGUAACUCUACAGUAACUUUACAGUAACUCUACAGCACACUGAUGAUUUUUGUCAGAUGUUCAGGUCAGUCUUUGAAACAAUACGAUACAAAUACCAAAAAAAGAUCACACCCUCAUGACCUUAUAAAGUGUUUCUCAAAGCAAAAGAUGUUUAUUGCACCUUAGAGCUGUUUAUGAAUUUGCUUUUAAAUAAAACUUUUGAAUCAUU